CGUCUGCGCGCCGCCGUCUGUGACAGUCGUGUGCGUUGGUGUACCUAAAGUGAACUUACGAUAAGUGAAGUGACAGUGAUCGUAAAGGAUUUUCUGUGUAAUCCAUUCGUUAAAUAUGGAUUGAUUUAUAAUCAAUAAUUUGGAGAUGGAAGACAAAUCAUAUAAAACAUGACACGGUACAGCUUAUGUGAACUUUAAUAUGUUUGGACUGUGAUAUAAAAAUGGAAAGAAGAACCAGCCUUCUUCUUGUCCUUUGGGUGGCAAUUAUACCAUUACAUCGUGCUGAUAAUUUAGAACUGCUCUUGGACACACUUAGAACCCACCAAAAAGCGGCGUGCGAUGAAGACAUGGUGACGCUGAUUUGUCCGAGAGGCACCACGAUCAGCAUCCAAGUCGCGCAAUAUGGUGCCGCAGCAUCACAGAGCUCCUGCUCCCCAGAACUCACGGAGUACCAGCCUGUGGCUGUCGAGGUUCUGGGAGAUACCAGCUGCACUUGGCCAAGCGCUUUGCAGUACUCCUUGUUGCAGACGGUGGUGGAAGCUUGCCAAAAGAAACGCCAGUGCAAGUUCCAUACAAGUCCGAAGGCGUUUGGCGUGGAUCCAUGCCCUGGUUCUAGAAGAUUCGUCGAAGUUGCCUACAAAUGCCGACCAUACGAAUUCCGGAGCAAAGUGGGCUGUGAAAACGACGUGCUUCAUUUGAGCUGUAACCCACACUCCCGGGUGGCGAUAUACUCCGCACAGUAUGGAAGGACGGAAUACGACUCGAUACAAUGCCCUCAACCUCGAGGGAUGAAGGAGGAAACCUGUAUGGAGCCUUACGCAACUGAGACAGCAAUGAGGGAAUGUCACGGGAAAAGACGCUGCGUGCUAUCAGCAGACAGCAAAAUGUUUGGAAAACCUUGCAGGACGGGAAGCAGGACAUAUUUGAAAGUUGUUUAUACAUGCGUGCCUCGGACAGUCUUGAAGGAGAGAUAUGAAAGUGCCCCUGAAGAGGAUGAGGUAGCCCAUGCUGCCUACCCACUUGAGCACGAAGAACUAGAUGAACCGGGAGAUAGAUGGUGGGGAGAAUCAGCUGUGCCUCCAGCGCCCGCUGUUGCAGCAGUUCCACCACAGAGGCCGCACUCCCCUAACAUCACCAGAGAGGAAACAUCCCCAUCACCCCCUGGACAACAUUUGACUAAGAACACAAGUGAAUUCGACAUUAUGUAUUUAUACAUAAUCGGUGGAGUAGCUGCCAUCAUUUUACUAUGUGGAAUCAUUGGUGUAAUACGCUGCAUCAUUCAUAAACAAAACGCAGACCAGCCCAAGGGCCCAGACGUGUCAGCUACAACUGACAUCCCCAACGGCUUCAACGACAGCAUAUCAGAAGUAGACAAUGACAUUAAUAUAACCAGUCUAUCUGGGCCAAUCGAUAUGACCGAUUCAAUAAAGCAAGACAUCCAAAUCACCAACCUAGCCCUUAGUCCAAAAAUCAAUAGGUACGUCGGUCGUCCGGUACCUAACACGUACCCGCACGUAAGCAGUAACAUGUAUGGACAGGUCGCAGAAUUCCCUAUUGAAAUGCCCCUAAGAACUAUGCCACAUGGCACAUUAGGUCGUGGAGUUGCGGUCAAAACUCUCCCAAGAGUUCAAGUGCAAACAGAAACAGAUCCUAAUACGAGGAGUUUAUAUCGCUAUUCCAAUGCGCAAUAUUAUUUCGGGUGACAUCAAGAUAUCGGCCAGUGUUCGGAUGUAUCGAGGACUUACUGUUUCUAGAUCGUGUAGAACAUAUUGUCCUACUUUUAAAUACAACUGUGAUAUUAAUUGAAACUUUCCUAUUGUGUUGUUCUCAAACUGAAGACACGGAAAAGUUCUGUUAUGUUGCAACUUUCACAUUAGAUUCUUUACUGUUGCCAACUCUAUUUGCUUCCAGUACUUUGUGGACGCGACGGAUCUAUUUUAUCAACACGAUUUAGUUAAAUUGUUGUUAAAUAUAGGUCAUAUUCUUAUUACAAUUGUUAAAUGCUAUUAUAAAUAGUAACUCGUUUCAUGAAUUGCCAGUUAAUAAAGUUUCAUGUUGAAGGACCUUCUCUGUUCAAAUCAUUUUGUAUAACUGUACAAAAUUAUUUUAACAAUGUAAAAAAUGUCUUGUUAAUAGAGUUUGCUUAAAAUAUAAUAAAUAUAUUACUGGUCGUUUAUAUAGGUUCUAGUAAAUUAUUUAUACUAAAGAAAUAUCAAACGUGGUGCCUAUUUCGUGUCUUCUAGUUAGGGAACAAUUAUUGUAUAUUGAAUAUAAGAGGUAGAUAAUUAUUAGACUGAGUUUGUUUAAUCCUCAAUUAUUUAAUAAUAUUAGAACUAAAACUAGAAAUCUUUUGUUUAAAAAAAACAUUCGAUGUUUAUAUUAUUUAUAUGAUACUGCAUCUUCUUUUUUUAGUGCUGUCUUAACAUAUGAAUACCAAAUAUUUUAUGUGAUAUUUAAAAUUUCUUCGUUCUACGCUUUUCGUAUACUUCACUAACUGAGAAAUGACCUAAUGAUUAAAUGCCUAUGGUAAUAAAAUAUACUAAAAAGUGAAUAGUAACGUCUCGCAUUAGAGUCGAUUUGACAUUAGACAGAUAACAGUUGACACUUAAUACUCUAUGGACGGUUGUUGGUGUCAAUUUUUUUUCACAAACAUUAUUUUGUAACAAUGAUGUCGGAAAAAACCAACGCAAAGGAUAGACUAAGCUGUACUUUAUUAGCAGUGUGUAAAAUUCGGAGCUUCUAUUCCGAAUUAUUUAUUUGUUUUGGAACUAUACACCAUUGCACACCCUAAUGGUUUUACGAAAAUUAUGUGGCUUAUUUAAAAUAUGUUUUAUAUUUGUUUACCUAAGACAAAACCAAAAAGUUCUAGCAAAUAAGUAGUAAUCGAAUUGUAAGAAUUAUAAUUUUAUUUGCAACAAUUUGCAAAUUAGUUAUAAAUAAACACAGCGAGUGAUUGUUAGUAUCGAUGUAUGUUUGUCCAUAUCGUUGAUUUAAAUGAACUCAUUAUAUUUUUAAUCAAAAUAAAU